UUUUGGAUCUAUCUCCGCCAGUGAACAGAGCAGGACAGAGAAUAUAAACUUAAAUUGGUUCCGUCAAUACACCUAAACUCGAGCAUUGACUCAUGGCCCAGUUUGGGGGUCAGAAGAACCCUCCGUGGGCGGCCCAGUUUGCUGCCACAGUGGUGUCCCAGCCCAGCCACUCAGGACAGUCCCUGGACCUCAACAGCCUACACUCUCUAGGUGUGCAGCAGCCAUCUCUCUUGGGUGCGUCUCCCUCUAUGUACUCCCAGCAGUCAGCCAUGGCUGCAGCCUCCCUCAACUCCCAGUCGGCUGCCGCUAACUACCAGUUGUCCCAGCAGACUUCAGCCCUGCAGCAGCAAGCUGCAGCCGCCGCAGCUGCAGCACUGCAACAGUCUCAAAUCAACUCGGCCCUGCAGCAGUAUCAGCAGCAACAGCAACAACCUCCUCCACAGCAGCAGCCGCCUCCUCAGCAGCUCUACAAUGUAACCCAUCAGCUCCCCCAGCCCCAGCAAGCGCUGAUUUCACAGCCCCCCGUGGCUCUCCCCACCAGCCUCUCUCUGUCCAACCCCCAGCAGACAGCCCAGAUCACCGUGUCCUAUCCCACGCCUCGCUCCAGCCACCAGCAGCAGAGCCAGCAGCAGAGCCAGCAGCAGAGCCAGCCCCAGAAGCAGCGCGUCUUCACUGGCGUGGUCAACAAGCUUCACGACACCUUUGGCUUUGUGGACGAGGACGUCUUCUUCCAGCUCAGUGCAGUGAAAGGGAAGACCCCCCAGGUGGGCGACAGGGUCCUAGUGGAGGCCGUGUAUAACCCCAACAUGCCCUUCAAAUGGAACGCCCAGCGCAUUCAGACCUUACCUCAGCUGGCCAACCAAUCGCAUCAGCAGCAGCCCCAGUCCUUACCUCCAGUUCCCCCACAGCUGAGCAGCUUCUAUGCUGACCCGGGGAUGCAGCAGCGCUACUCAGAUAUGCACCCCGUCGGCAUGGACAGCAGACAAAAUAGCCAGCCUCCAGGCACCAACAUGAUGAAGCCGGGCCCCAACAUGCUCCAAUCUCUGCCUCCCCCCAACACUUUCAGUGUACAGGCCCAGGGCCCCCCUCCUCCCCUGCUCCAGGCCCAGCUCUCUGCAGCCUCCCUGGCCCCGCUCCUCAAGAACCCCCCUCCGCCUCUGCUGUCACAGCCACCACCCAAAGAUGUGUUCUCAGGUGGUCUGCUUCAGCCCCCAAGGAGGAUGAUGCCUCAGCCCGUCAGGCGUCUGGACCCCUCCCCCCGCUUUCCCAACCGCAACGACCGCCCUGAACUCAUCCUCAGGACCAAGGAUGAACGCAGUCGUGAAAGAGACCGUGAGCGCAGGAGGUCCAGAGAGCGCUCUGUCACACGUAAACGCUCCAGGGACCGUUCUCCGAGACGUGACCGCUCCCCCCGCCGCCCUCGCAAGGUGGUGCCUCGCUAUACCGUGCAGUUCUCCAAGUUCAGCCUGGACGGUUCUAACUGUGACAUGAUGGAGCUGAGGAGACGCUACCAGAGCCUGUACAUCCCCAGUGACUUCUUUAAUGCUGUGUUCACCUGGGUGGAUGGCUUCCCCCUGCAACGACCCUUCCAGUUCGGCAACUACUGUAACUUCCACAUCAUGCACAAGGAGGUAGACUCUCUGGUCAAGAACACUGCGGUGCUGGACCCUCCAGAUGCCAACCACACAUACAGUGCUAAGGUGAUGUUGCUGGCCAACCCCAGUCUAGAGGAGCUCUACCAUAAGUCCUGUGCUCUGGCUGAGGACCCCCAAGAACUUAGAGACUCCUUCCAGCACCCCGCCCGCCUCAUCAAGUUCCUAGUGGGGAUGCGGGGUAAGGACGAGGCCAUGGCUAUUGGGGGUCACUGGUCCCCCUCCCUGGAUGGAGCGGAGCCUGAGAAGGACCCGGCUGUGCUCAUAAAGACAGCCAUACGCUGUUGUAAGGCCCUCACAGGCAUAGACCUGAGUCUCUGCACUCAGUGGUAUCGUUUUGCAGAGAUUCGCUAUCAUCGCCCUGAGGAGACUCACAAGGGGCGGACAGUGCCCGCACAUGUGGAGACAGUGGUUUUGUUUCUCCCGGAUGUUUGGCAUUGUCUUCCUACCCGCUCAGAGUGGGAGGGGCUGUCGCGGGGACUCCGGGAACAGCUGGCUGAGAAGCUGUCCGCCGAGAGGAAGGAGGCUGAUGGAGAACAGGAGGAAGAGGAGAAGGAUGAAGAAGAUUCGAAGGAGGUGACCACUCCGACACACUGGGCUAAGCUUGAUCCGAAAUCAAUGAAGGUGAAUGACCUUCGUAAGGAGUUAGAGUCCCGCUCCCUGAGCUCUAAGGGGUUAAAGUCCCAGCUGAUUGCCCGUCUCACCAAGCAGUUGAAGGUGGAGGAGCAGGUGGAGGAGUCCAAGGAGCCCGAGAUACCGGAGAGCCAGGCCCCGGAGGAGGAGGCGCCUCAACUCAUGGAGGAGGACAGAGAGGAGGAGGAGAGGAAGAAGCAGGAGGAGUUGGAGCGCCAGCGCAGAGAGAAGCGUUACGUCCUGCCAGACGAGCCCACCAUCAUCGUACACCCCAACUGGGCGGCCAAGAGCGGAAAGUUUGACUGCAGCGUCAUGUCUCUGAGCGUGCUGCUGGACUACAGACUGGAGGACAACAAGGAACACUCCUUCGAGGUGUCUCUGUUUGCAGAGCUGUUUAACGAGAUGCUACAGAGAGACUUUGGCUACAGGAUCUUCAAGGCCCUGGCCUCUGUGCCCUGCAAGGACGACAAGAAGGACAAGGCCAAGAGAGAGGCGGGGCAGAGAGAGGCGGGGCAGAAGGGGGAAGUGAAGAAAGACGAGGAGAAGAGUGGAGAGCCGGCUAUGAAGAAGGCAAAAGAAGAGGAACCGGAGAAGAAGAAGGAAGAGGAAGAGAAGGUGCUGAAAAAGGAGGAGUCUAUAGAGGAGAAGGAGGAAGAUGAGAGCAGCAACAAUAAUGCUGAGGAGUACGACCCUCUGGAGGCCGAAGACGACGACGAUGAAGAUGGUAAAGACGAUGAGGACAGGAGAGACGACAGGAAGUCCAAAGAGGGGUCCUCUAAAGACAAGGAGAAGAAGCAGAUGGUGACUUACAACAAGGACCUGCUCAUGGCCUUUGUCUACUUUGACCAGAGUCACUGUGGCUACCUGCUGGAGAAAGACCUGGAGGACAUCAUGUACACACUGGGGUUACAUCUGUCCAGAGCUCAGGUAAAGAAGUUGUUGAACAAGCCGGUGGUGAGAGAGUCGUGUUACUACCGUAAACUGACGGACGCAGCUAAAGACGAGGCUGCUCCUUCCUUCAGUGAAGCCCUGCUGGACAACCUGCUAGGUAACCGUGCAUUGCUGCCCAUGCUUGUGUCUCGUGGCCAGGCAGCGCCAGCGGAGGCUAGUGAGUCAGGAGGAGGCAGCAGACUGAUAGUGUAUAAUGGAGCCAUGGUGGACGUGGGCAGUAUGAUGCAGAAACUGGACAAGAGUGAGAAGGCCAGGGAGGAGAUAGAGCAGAAACUCAUGGUGCAGGACUCCAAGAUGGUGGAGGACACCAAGCAGAUCUUCCAGCUGGUAUCUGCUAACAGAGUCCUGUCUAAAGAUCUGGAGGUGGUGAAGGGAACCCUGGGCCAGACAGAGAACAACCUCAGGACCACAGAGGAACAGAACACGGUCUACCACUACCAGCUUAGCAAGACACUCAACAACCUGGGCAAUGCCAUGAAGGAACUUCAGGGAGUCCUCAAGAAGGAGGUUCCCACAGAAGCCGCCCCUGACCAAAUAUCCCUAACAACGAAUGGCUCGGACGAAUUAAUGAAGGAGUUGGACAGUGAAUGAGUUGUCUAAUCGGACACGUUUCUUACCAGCCUUGUUAAUAUGCACUAAAAGCAAGCAUCAUUUGAUUGAGUUUCAUUUGGACCUAUGGUUGUUGUUUUUCCCCUCCAGGACCAUGUAUAGAUUCUCAUUGGAUUAAUCCUAAGUGGCACUCUAUUCCCUAUGUAUUGCACUGCUUUUGAUUGGAACCCAUAGGGCUCUAGUCAAAAGUAGUGCACUAUAUAGGGAAUAUAGUGCCAUUUGGGACGGGCAUUCACUUAAUUGAUUCUAAUGUUUUCAUGUAACCUCACUGUUUCCACCUGAAAAUAAGAAAUUCAUUUCAUUGGUUUGAUAUCCAUUAGUUUGAUUAUCUCUCCGUUUAUUAUGACACAUUCUAAAACUAUUAAUGACUGAAUAGAAGUUUGAUAUUUAAAAAAGUAUUUUUGUUAGAAAUUGUGUGCAUGGCAUUGUGAAGUGCUUCUUUGUUUACGGCAUUGGUUUUAGAUUUCUGUAGCUGCCUCAAUUGAUGAUGAUUUAAAUGUUUUGUUUUAUUCUGUAUUGGUUUGCCUAUUCAUUGCCUUGCCCAAAUAGUACCACGACGUUGAUUCCAGUAUGUGUGAUAUGUACAGGGUUCUCCCCAGGAUUUUUUAACACGGUGGUGCUGCUGAGUACAGCGGUGGGCCUUAAAUGAUAACAAAUAAAGAUAACAAUUUACAUAGUGGUGCAACCAGUCCACAAGGUGGCACAGCACCCCUCUUACAUGCUUAGGGGAGAACCCUGAUUGUACUUAAUCAGAUCAUUCUAAUGCGCAAUAAUGGUGUUAUUUAUGUUCAAGUGGAUUCAUAAAAAAUUAUAUAUAAAAAAAAAAGAACAAUUAUAUUUGAAGGGGAGGGAUCAGGGAUUAGGACCUCAAAGAAGCUAUGUUUUUGAUGAGUCAACAGAAUUGCUUUAUCACGUUCCUCUUCUCUCUUAACUCUGUUCUACUGAGAGCUGAUCAUACACUGCAUUAGUCAUUUUGUAUUUCCUACUAUUACUCUUUCAAACUGACUGGCUGCCACUGUUCUGACUGAGACAUGGGUCGUAUUCAUUAGGGAACAACGUAACGAAGUGUUUUACAAUGGAAAACAAGAAUGAGUUUCUUAUUGUACAUGUUCAGGUAGUACCUCCCCGUUUCGGCCCGGUUGCUUCCGUUUGGUGGCCAAUAAAUACGACCGUAGGUUUGCAUGCAGCUCCUUAUGUGAAACCUCAGUCUCUGAGGCCUAUUCCAGUAACAAGCUUGUUUUAUCCCAGGAGUUGUGAGACCAUGAUAGUCAGUCAGUCUGGUGGUCUAUGUUAUGUCUAUCCAUGUUGGGAUUGUUUAGCGUUGAGUUUUUGUUUAUUGUAAAGGGAAGUAAUUACAUGGCCAAACCAUGAAAUGGAAUGUCUCCACUAACACCAAAGGAACUGGAGCCUCAGGUCUGGUCCUGCAUUUUGACCACAGAUAUAAUGGUUCUGAUUCUAGACUAAAACCACAUGAGAAUACUACUGGAGUUCUGUUGUAGAAUUCUGGAUGUUCUAGAAGUGCUGUUUUUUCUGUUCUUGGGUUGUUGUAGAACUAUGAGGAGCUAUUCUGUCCCUCUUCUCAGAUGAAGGCUGUGCACCAGGGGUGAUGAGUUCUUAGAUGAGAGCCAAACUUGAGAAAUGAGCCCAAAGCAGCCUAGUGCAUUUUAUUUUUCUAUUGAAAAUUGACUCUGUGGUUGUCCUGUGCAGAAUUAAAGUGGUCCAUUUUAUUGUC